CACUAGCCUCAGAAAGAAGCAGCGUCGACAUCUUUUCGGACCUUGGAGGGUCACAUUUACCCAAAACCUUUUUUCAAAUGGGCCCCGUCGCCUAGCGUUAUCUGCCCCCAUCCUCGCCGUUCGAGUUGAAUUGAGUGCUACCGGACAUCAGCACAUCGUCUGGGUUAGUAAAGGUUUCCAUCAAGCCCAUCAGUGACCAACUACUGAAGUAUGGCGGCCAUUCCCGCAGGCGGUUCUCUCGUGGCGACCGCGGACUACUACCGAAGGCGCAUCGGCUCUACGUCCAGUAGUAGCUCUUGUGGCAGUUCGGAGUACAGUGGGGAAGUCAUCCCUCACCAUCCAGGACUCCCCAAGCAGGAUUCUGGUCAUUGGUGGUCCAGUUUCUUCUUUGGGAAGCAGCCAGGGAUGACCCCGUUGACUGAGGAGGCACAGCAGAAGGCGGGGUUUUUGGGUGCAGUGACGAACGGUCAGAUCACCUGCAUCGCCAAGGAGAUGGUGGUGCAGCGGCAGGCGAGUGAGAGCAGCGAUGCAGGAAGCCCCACUUCAUGAUCCUGCAUCUUUCUUCAGUCUCCACUACACCCGGGGGAGAACCGAACCAACGACCAACGCUAGGCGACGGAGAUUGUCCUGUUUACAACUUUUUUUUUUUUUUUUUUACAUAUAUUCAUUGUAGUAAAGGCUGCAUUGUUUUUCCAUGUUUUGUAACAUCUUUUUUAAUGACUAAAAAUGAGAAAAAAUUGAAACAGAGUUCCUUAACAUUUGUAACAUUUUUGUGCUUUAACAUUGUUGCAUUGACACACUGUGGUCCACACCUUCACAGGUUUUGUUACCCUUUUUUGUCUCCUUUUUAAUAUUGCAAAUGCAAUAAAGUAGUGUGUUGCAGCCUGA